AUGUCAAAGGAAGUAAAAAAUAAAUCAUUUCACGAGUCAAUCGGACCAGUUUUAACAUUUGGUCAAUUCUUUGCCAUGCUUCCAGUUAAUGGCAUUUUAUCAAAUAACGAAGAUAAUUUAAGGUUUCAGUGGACGUCCAUUAGAACAAUUUAUUCAAUCAUCUUCCUUAUUUUUGGAAGUAUUGAGAGCUGCCUUGCUAUUCGUAGACUUGUUGUAAUUGGAUUUUCAAUCGGAUAUGGCGAGGCUCUGCUGUUUUAUGUCCUAUCAAUGGUCCGGUCUUUAAUGAUAUUUCGACUGGCUAUGAAGUGGAAGAGUAUUAUGUUGUUUUGGAAGGAACGUGAGGAUGUAUUUUUGAAGAAACCUUAUGUCAUGAAACGAUGGACAUUGAAAUCUUAUGCCAUCCACAGCAACAACAUGCAGAUUGAAUAUUGCAAUCCAAAGUCUAAAGUAUUCUGGGACAAUUAUCUCGCUAGAUAUCGACCACAUGUCAGGCAUUUUGUGAAAUAUGCACCAUGGCAGCUGCCUAUUUAUGAGAUGGAGCGACUACAUGACAUAGUCUCAACGGAAGCAUCAUCAGUUGGAUUUACUGGAAAGCAACUUUUUUACAUCACCAAAGGUACGAUCCUGUCGAUGAUCGGAACGAUAAUAACAUUUGAAAUAAUUUUACUGGAUGAAAUUGAACCACAUCCACUAAGCAUGUCAGCACCACGUCCAUCAAUUAUAAGAGUAAAGCCAAAAAAUGACGUAGGCAAAAUUCACAAAGAAACGGAACCAAGAAUUCUCGUUAAGUCUCAAUUAGACACAAUACAGAAACAUGAAUCAUUUCAUCAAGCUGUCGGACCUGCAUUACUUUUGGGUCAACUUUUUGGAAUGUUACCUGUUGAUGGUGUCUUGAAGAAGAGUGAAAAGGAUUUAAAUUUUCGUUGGAAAUCACCAAAAACAAUUUAUUCAAUUCUCUUUCUUGUCUUUGGGACUAUAGAAAGUUCAGUAGCAACAAGACGACUCCUACGUCUGGGAUUUAAUAUUCAUUAUGCUGAAGGUUUCCUCUUCUAUAUAACGGCAAUGAUUCGAGCGUAUAUGGUGUUUUUCAUGGGACGGAAAUGGAAAUUUAUCAUGACGAAAUGGAAAGAUUGUGAGGAUGUAUUCCUAAGGGAUCCGUACAAAACAAAAGGUUGGAGUUUGUCCAGACGACUUCGAAUUGUUUUUACAAUUGCAGUUCUUCUUGUCUUGACUGAGCAUAUUUUGUUUCUUGUAAAAGGCGUUGAGAACAAUAGAAUUCAACUGACAGAUUGCAAACCAAUUUCAAAGGAUUUUUGGCUCAAUUUUUUGUGGAUUUAUAGACCACAUCUAGUUUAUAAUUUUCCUUAUAGUCCUUAUAUACUGCCACUCUAUGAAUGGGUAAAUCUUCUUCAAGCUUUUGCAUGGAACUUUAGUGACAUUUUCGUUCUUAUUCUAUCCAUUGGAGUUAAAUUUCGAUUCGAUCAGUUUAAUCAACAUUUUGAAUCAGUCACAAAAGAUAAAAGAUUAAUGACGCCAGAAAACUUUCGAAACAUGAGGAUUCAUUACUAUCAGCUUGUUGACUUGAUUUAUUUUAUUGAUUCUAAAAUAUCUUUUUUGAUUUUGCUGUCGCUUGCUCAUAACAUGCUGGUGCUAAUAAUUAAGAUUUUUAGUGCACUAAAUCCAACUAGAUACUACUUCCUGGAUGAUCUCUACUUUUGGUUCUACAUUUUCUUCUUGACUUUAAGAAUCUUUUCAACGCUUUUAUCAUGCUCAAGAAUUCAUGAUGCUGCUACUGAUACAAUCAAUUAUAUUCGACUAAUUCCUUCAAAUUAUUGGACUAUUGAUCUCAAAAGACUCUCCGACACGAUCUCAGUUGAAGCUCCAACUCUUACAUUUUCUGGACAAAAGUUUUUCUACAUCACAAAGACAAUGAUGUUGGCCAUGGUGGGAGCUAUUGUGACAUUUGAACUUGUUCUUUUGGACGAGAUAAAGGAAGAGAAAAUAUCAAUUUGCACGCACAUCAUAGCAGGAGUUGAUGAAUAA